AAUUGGAUCAAGGGUUUGUUUGACCUGUCGCUUCAUUUGCAUAGAGCACACACGACACAGAUAGAGAAGGAGGAGGAGGAGAAGGAGGAGGACGAAGACGACGAUACCAACGAGACCAAAAACCAUCCGGAAUCACCACAUCCGCCACCUAGCUCCGCCGUCUCCGCCGCCUCUAAUUUCAGUUGUGAUUACGGGAUAAACUAGUAACAUCUCAUAUCUUGGGUUAAGUACUUUGUCAUUGGCUGCUGUUGAGAUCUCCGGAGAACAUAAUGGAUUUGGGAUCUGCUGAUUCAUCAACUCUGCAACAUGUUAAAACUCCAGAUGUACAAGCUUCCACUACUGCAGGUUCGGGACCAGAUAAUUCUCCGCGUGAUGCAUCAUCUAGGCUGUCUGCUUCUGGCAUAUCCUCAUGGGCCAAAAGUUUGAAAAUUCCCCAGCCAUUGGUGGUCACACAAGAUGAAUCACCAUCAGGAAGUUCCGGAAAAUCAACCUUUGCUCGUUUCACUGGUGGGUUAGGAUUGCGAUUGUCCCCUAAAACUUCUCAACCAGAUUUUAAUUCCAAUGCAACUUCAACAACAGCACAACCUGGUUUUAUUGGAACCCUCACUAAAGGGUUAGUUGACUCAUCUAAGAGUGCUGUGAAGGCUGUGCAGGUCAAGGCUCGACAUGUUGUCUCCCAGAACAAACGUAGAUAUCAGGAAGGAGGGUUUGAUUUAGAUAUGACAUACAUCACAGAAAAUAUAAUUGCUAUGGGGUUCCCUGCUGGUGAUAUGAGCUCUGGCUUUUUUGGAUAUGUUGAGGGUCUAUACCGAAACCACAUGGAAGAAGUGAUCAAGUUCUUUGAAACCCAACACAAGGAUAAAUAUAAAGUUUACAACCUUUGUUCUGAGAGGUUGUAUGAUGCAUCACUAUUUGAAGGAAAGGUGGCUAGUUUUCCAUUUGAUGACCACAACUGUCCUCCUAUUCAACUCAUAAUAUCAUUUUGUCAUAGUGCAUACUCAUGGUUGAAGGAGGAUAUUGAAAAUGUUGUGGUUGUGCAUUGUAAGGCUGGAAUGGCAAGGACAGGGUUAAUGAUUUCUAGCCUCCUACUAUAUUUGAAGUUCUUUCCCACAGCUGAGGAGUCCAUUGAUUACUACAACCAGAAAAGAUGUAUUGAUGGAAAGGGGCUUGUGCUUCCAAGUCAGAUUAGGUAUGUCAAAUAUUUCGAACGAGUCCUAACAUACUUCAAUGGAGAAAACCAGCCUGGGCGAAGAUGCAUGCUUAGGGGGUUUCGGCUUCACCGGUGCCCUUAUUGGAUUAGGCCCUCCAUUACUGUGUCUGAUCAUAAUGGUGUUCUCUUCUCCACAAAGAAGCAUCCUAGAACCAAGGAUCUGUUGCCUGAAGAUUUUUGGUUUAGUGCCCCAAAAAAAGGGAUCAUGGUUUUUGCUCUACCUGGGGAGCCUGGUCUUACAGAGUUGGCUGGCGAUUUCAAAAUACAUUUUCACGAUCGCCAAGGAGAUUUUUACUGUUGGUUAAACACAACAAUGGUCGAGAACAGAAAAAUUCUGAACACGGGUGAUCUUGAUGGGUUUGACAAGAGAAAAUUGCCAUCUCCCGGAUUUCAAGUUGAGGUUGUGCUUGUGGACUAUAACGGGACAGUUCCAACGAGGCCUCAAACCGAAGUUACUACUGACAAAUCAGUUGAAAGUUUGGGUGCCUCUCCAACCCCAACCCCAACCCCAACCCCAGUAACUGUUGAUGCCGCCACUGCAAACCCCAAGAAAGACCUGGAAAGCAAUGAGAAGGAUGACGUGUUCUCCGACAGCGAGUCCGAAGAAUCAGGGUCUUCAAAAAGCAGGCCAUCUAAGGCGGCUUCUGAAGCUACUGUCAAUACGAAAGCCUCUAAUUCUGAAACUAGUAAUACAAGCCAAAUAGCAAGUUUGACUCGCCAGACUGAGCAAGUUUCUCUUGGGAAAACAAGCUCUAUGCAAAGCCAUCCUACAAGUCCGCCAAGAAAAGAUGCUGUUGUGGGAACCGUGUCAGGUCUCGAGGUCCCAAAUCCAGUAGGAGAGGUAAGUGAUUUCAAGGCAAUGGCUGCUGAUGCAUCUGUUUUCUCAUUCGGGGAUGACGAAGACUAUGAAAGUGAAUGAACCAAGGGGGGGUUUACAGUGAUGGUUUAGACACACAAAAGAUCUGUACAUAAAUGAUCUGUAAGAAGUUUAUAGUCCCCCACUUGCCAAUGACUUGUUUAUUCCAUUCAUUUUUAUUAUAUAAAAAAAAUCAAGUGUGGUUGAAAACUAUUAUUUGCAUAAAAAGAUUGUGGUUAUGACAAUUCAACUAGAUUUGUUUGAUUAAUUCCAAGUGGUUGGAAAGAUUAUAUUGUAAUGGACAUAUCUUUCCCAUUUUAUGUUUACAUAACAAAACAGUGAAUGUUUCAAUGCAA